UGUACCCACGCUGUGUGCGCGGCUGAACCAGAAAUUGUUCACUACCUUGUUGGUGUCUAACCAGAGUUCAAGAAAGGCAAUGAGAUUCAGAGCUGCGCCCUGGAAGCGGCGGUACGGCAAGGGAGAGUGGCGCGAAGCCAGGAACCGUGACCAACGAGAAUGGGGAGCGCAUGAGCCUGGGGCGAUUGGUGACGGACGUUUCAUCGAUGGAAAUGGUAACGACUGCUUCUGGCUUCAGGGUUCAAAUGUGAACCCAAUUUAUGGCGUGAGGUAAUCAUUUAUGGAGUACCCAAAAGAAGAAGAAGAAAUACACACCACUCAUGAACUGGACAACAUGAUUGAAAUGAUCAGUCUUUGUUGUUAUGAAAGAGUGGUGGAUACAUGACAUUCUUCCCAGGACUUAUAGGUGUACGGUUAAUUAAUAGAUGAAUGUAGAAAAAGAUGCUCAGCUUAAUAAGACUCCACUUGAAAAACACAA